ACUUCCUUAAAAAAAAUAGUCUUCCGACUUCUCCAGAUUUUUAUCUAUUAUAAUCAUAUAUAAGGCACUGAAGAUGAGAUUAACUGAAGAAAAAAAAAAUGCUUCUCAUCAUAAUUUCAUGUCUCUCGGCUUUUUAUGUGGAAUCUGAGGCAAGAAGUCAACCCGGACCAAUUUUAGAUCCUAUUUGUCCAUCGGGAUGGCAAAAAUGUAGCAGUUCAUCUCAAUGUGCAGAAACAGAUUGUUGCGGCCUCUUACAAAUGGAUCCAUUGCCAAGUGUUCGAUGUUGUGUACCUUUACAAUAUAGACAUGCAUUCCAACCACAGAAUCUCUGCCUCCGAAAGGAAAGUAAUCGGGAAUAUUUCCCUGGUCCAGGAUCUUGCCCUCCGUUAACACCUCCAAGAAUAUCCAAUCUUAAUCUUGGAUUUGGUUGCCCAAAAGAAGAUUAUUCAGAACAAUGUAAAAGCCACGAGGAUUGCAAAGGAGAAGGACCGGGUAUCCAACUUUGCUGUGCAUACGCAAACGUACCUGGUUGCAUUUCUGGUAAAAAAUGUACUCCAGCCGUUCAAAUCUUGCAACCAAAUAUCUAAAUUGAUUGUUCAAUAAUUAGAUAUAAAUAUCUAUUAUCUUCAUAACAUGCUUAUAGUAAUAGUUUAGCAUAAAAUAUGUAAUAUUUAAAUUUGCUUAAAUGUAACUGUACUAUAAAUAAAUGCACUAUAUGCACUUAAUAUUUGAAUAAUUGUUUAAUUAAUGAAAA